AUGGCCGGGAUGCGACAUGGCUAUCCACCACCGCGGACCUGGCUCUCCAGCUGCUCCACGCAUCUAUCUCAGAGCGUCUUCCCUCUCUGUCUCUCUGUCUCGUCCCUUUCGACGUCCCUCUCUUUCAAGUGUGUAUCUUCUAGUCGCAUCCGCCACGAGGACGAAGACGAAGACGACGGAGAAGACGAAGAAGAUCCUGCUGGAAUAGUUAGUGACAGGGAGAGCUCGCUUAUCCUGGCUGGCCUCCCUCGGCCGCCACUCUCUGCACUGCGACAGACCGCGCACAGGACUAUACAGGACUAUAAGACGAAGAGACGGAGGGAGGACAGACGAACAGACGAAAAGAGAGAGAGAGAGAGAGGAGAGAAUGGCCAAUAUGGACGGCUACGAUGCGAUGGCGCUGCCGUACAUGGGCUCGCCGCUGCCCGCGAUCUCGCACGGCGACUUCAUGGCCCCGAUGGCGCCCAUGGAGAUGCCGCAGCCCUCGCCCUACGACGAGACGUUCCCUAG